GAGGUCUGCGAGAGAUUCUGCAUGAUGUCGUGAAGAUAGCGACUAACUUACUGUCUCAGGUGGUUGAUUGAUCACGGUGCCGUCGUCGAUGCCGUGGGCGGAGAGCUCAAAGCAACUCCACUACAUUGGGCAGCCAGAAACGGACACCUCUACGUGAUCCAACUCCUACUAUCGAGAUCCGCAAACCCAGAACUUCAGGAUGCGCAGGGCUUCAACACCCUCCAUCUGGUAACCCACUCCUCUGCGGUCAUGCCCCUCCUCUAUCUGCUGAGACAGCCAAUCGGGGUAGACGACCGAGAUACGGAUGGACACACCUCGCUGAUGUGGGCUGCUUGGCAAGGCGACGCUUUGUCCAUCGAUCUGCUUCUCAAGCAUGGGGCAUCUCUGAACGCACGGGAUGCGGCUCAGCUGACCCCCCUACAUUGGGCAGCAGUCAAGGGAUCUCGUGCUUGCAUAUCCAGACUUUUACGAGCUGGGGCUGCGCUUGACGCCAAGGAAGACAACGGCAAGACUCCUGCAGAUAUGGCUGCUGAGCUGAAGGCUAUCGGACCAUGGAGAGGGGCUCUCGAGGACGCUGGCUUCGACGAUCUCGGCCGAAAACGCAUUCCUGCUAUGAGCGAGGCAAACCAGAACAAACUUAUUUGGCUCAGUCCCGUCUUGUCGUUUGGCCUCUCAUUUUCGGCUUUUGCGCGAUUUCCCGUGUACUGUGGCAUUCCGGUCGCCAUAGCCAUCUUCUUCGUACAACACCACCUCAUCACAAAGACUCUCCUCAAGACGCGAGGCUUUGGCGAUGGAGUGACCAAGUCUCCCUACUUUGCAGCCAUCAUAGCCGGUAGUUUCUUUCACGUAGCACUUUGCUGGAUCGUGCUCCUCCUGAGAGGUAAUUGGUCUUUCAACCGAUACGAUGUGUCGCAUUCACCACGUGCUCAUCAACUAAUAUUGUUGUGCCGAUAGGGACCCCGGGGCAUCUGACGUCGAAUGGCAUCUUUGCUGUCAGUUUGUCGAUCUGCAUCUACAACUUCUACAAGGCGGUUGUGUGUGAUCCAGGUU